AUGGUGAUCACCGACAGCAAAAGCAACGCCUCGAAAAUCUUCAUGAACGAGACAGCCACCAUCAAUGCUUUCGGCCACGGGUUCCUGGCCCAGGACCGGACGAUCCGCAACGCGGCAGGGCCGAAGGGGAAUCAGGCUGUGGCGCAGAGGUCUAAUUCGAACAAAUCCGUGGUGUACCGGUGCCGCGUGGAAGGCUACGAGGAUACUCUGUACGCGGAGAAUGGGCUUCAGUUCUACGUGGAGUCCAACAUCACCGGCACGGUAGACUUUGUGUUCGGCAACGCCAAGCCGUCUUCCACAAAUGCCGGAUUCAGAUGCUUUUGGCCAUGGGUUCCUGGCCCAGGACCUGAUGAUCGCAACGCGGCAGGGCUGGAGGGGAAUCAAGCCGUGGCGCUGAGGUCUAAUUCGAACAAAUCCGUGGUGUACCGGUGCCGCGUGGAAGGCUACAAGGAUACUCUGUACGCGGAGAAUGGGCUUCAGUUCUAUGUGGAGUCCAACAUCACCGGCACGGUAGACUUUGUGUUCGGCAACGCCAAGGCCGUCUUCCACAAAUGCCGGAUUCAGGUGCGCCGCCCACUGGAGCAGAAGCACAAUGUUGUUACAGCGCAGGGGCGCUACAACGCCACCACCACCGACUCGGGCUUCGUCUUCCACGAGUAG